AGCAGUUAUUCUUUUAUGAAAGUUUUUGGUGUUCAUAGUUUACCUGUUUUGAUUAUUUUCGACACUCAACGAAUACGAGUUAAAAAAUGUUUGUGUUCCAAAUUUGUGUUAUUGCACUAUGCAGUCUUAGCGGUUGUCAAACGAUGAUCACAUUGGAAACUAUUCAGAAUUUGCUAAUAACCGAGUCGAACUUUAUGAGUUUGGUGUUUUUGGACAAUACGUGCUACACUCGAGAUAAACCGAACCAGACCGAAGAAGCACCGCAGAAAAGAUGCGUUAGUAUCCCAGACGUACAAGUGCAAUAUGAAUACUACAGUGUGACGCCACCCUUUACGGUUACUGAAGAUCUGCGGUAUAAUAUUUUAAUAACUGAAUAUGCGCCGACAACCAAUAUAGAAAUAACAGAAAGCUAUAUGGCCAUUAUACUGCAAACCUAUUGCGGUGGUGCCGUAGGUCAAACAUUGAAUGCAGUGAUGAUGAACUGUGUAGAUAAUGGACGUUACGCCCAGGCAUAUAUUCGGCUUAUGAACGUAAUCGAAAGUGAAGGAAUUUCGAUGUUGAGUAGAUUAUGUCAUGUAUCAAAUAAAAUUAUAACGAAUAAGGUAUCGAAGAGAAUUAAUAAGCUCUUUGAUACGAUCAUUCCUAUAAUAGAACUCAUUUACAACAAGUUUAAAUUAUAUUUAAUAUCGACUGCGCCGGUGCUUCAAAUGAGAGACGCCAUCAACGUAGUAAGAGUGUCCGAAAGGGGGGGUUUGAAUGAACGAAAAGAAUUCUUUAAACUGACAUGCAUGGAGUUUAGUCAACGGUAUGGUAACAUGAUGGGCUUGGUGAGUACUGGCGUAUAUGACGACGUCGAUCUUCUAGAGACUCCCCAAAUGGCCAGACAAGAAUUAAAACGUAUUUUAAACCGUACAAUCAUGUACUUUAAAGAAGAAACGGACGCUCGAACAAGCGGCGGUGAUGUACUACAACAACUUCAAAAUGAGGAAAUAAAUAGACAAUUAUAAUGUAUACAGGUGGCAUCGGUUUGGACCAAAAUCUACACACACACAUUUUCAACUCAUGACUUGAAAAAUUGAUGAAAAUUAAAGCUCAC